GUCAUCCUCCCGGUUGACAUUUGGUUUUCUGGGCUUUUUUUUUUUAUUCUUUUUUUCCGUUUGCGAAGGUAGACCUUUUUCCUUCAACCCUUGCUGAAUCCUAACAUCGAGAGGAAACCAACACCGUAGGGCUUCUUACAAACCAAGAGAAGUUGAGAAAAUCAAGAGAAGUUGAGAAUCUGAUGGCAUGGCUUUGAUCACCCUACGGAGGAACCUUUGUCAUUUGUCUGAGUUUUGGAUACAUGGAGCUGCUCUAAAAAAUCAACCCAUAAAUCAUGUUUACAAGAUAGUCAAGGAGCAUCUGUGUCCUUGUGUCUGUUCACAGAAGCCUGAGCUUUUCAGGUUAAGAGUCCAUCAUGCCUGGUAUAAAAUGUUUCAUUCACAAAAUGGAAAUGACCUUCAGCCUGUUGGUGAGCCGGUAUACUCUCAAGUACGUCACUGGGAAAGGCUUGAACAGAAUCUUAAAAAUGAGGAUGAACAGAUAUUUAACAGGAAACUAAAUAGCUUCACCUCAUCAGAAGAAGUGUUAAGUUUCGUAAGUGCAGUGGAAACUCUCCCUGAUACUAUGGCAGCUGGAGCUUUACGACGGAUUUGUGAAUUGGAAAAAAAAGAUCAAAGGCUGCCAAAAGAAAUACUAGAGAAUAGCCUCUUUCAAGCUUUAUGCUUUCAGUUUGAACAGGAACCUGCCCAUCUGUCAAACACUAGCUUGGUAACUGCUUUGCAAUCUCUGAUUCUGUUGCAUAUCAGUCCUCAAAGUACCUUGUUACUGAAACUAGUGGCAGAGUGCCAGAAUCGUCUCCAAAGAGGUAGCCUAAAAGUUCACCAUCUUUGUACUCUUGGGGAAAGUCUGAUUAGACUGCAGGGUCCAGAUUGUGUGACACUAGAACUGAUUUUACAUCAACUGCAAGGUGAAAAACUGAAAACAUUUACCUCAGAGGAUAUUGUGGCCCUUUAUAGAAUAUUGCAGGCAUGUGCUGAGAAAGUGGACCAACACCAAACGUUUUUAAAUAAGAUAAACAACUUUUCCCUUUCAGUAGUUUCCAACCUGAGUGCUACAUCAGUUAGCCAAAUCCUCGCUGCCCUAGUUGCUCUUGAUCAAACUCAGGCACUUCCUCUGGUUAUAAAAUUAGGUAGACACGUUGUGGGGCACAUUGCACAUUUUACUAAUGAAGAAAUUGGAAGAGUCUUAGAGGCUUUCAUGUAUUUUGGACACAAUGACAGAUUAUUUACAAAAGCCCUGGAGGAACACGUAACUUCACUCCGUCUCUCCUUGGAUCCUGAAGUUGUCAGCAGAGUCAUGGAGUACUGCGGUAGGAAGCUGAUUCUUUCAAAACCCAUCUUCAAUGCAGUGGCAGAAAUGUUCGUUUGCCAAUCAGAAAAAUUUUCACCUCCUCAGGUUUCUAAAUUAAUUGAACCUUUUGGAAAACUCAAUUAUUUGCCACCAAAUGCCUCUGCUUUAUUUAGGAAACUAGAAAAUAUGCUAUUCACUCAUUUUAAUUAUUUUCCACCCAAAACGCUAUUGAAACUUCUUCAUUCAUGUUCGCUUAUUGAACGGCAUCCAGUCAACUUUAUGGCAAAAAUAUUCAGCCCUUUUUUCCUUCAACAGCUUCAAGGUGAGGAAUUGUAUCUGGACAGAUUGAGUCUGGCACGACUGACCCAACUUUACUUAACCUCAAUUCUAGAAUGCCCCUUCUAUAAGGGUACGAAACUUCUUUCUAAAUAUCAAGUGAAAUCAUUUCUUACUCCGUGCUGUUCCCUGGAGACCCCCAUGGAUUUUCACCUUUAUAAAUAUGUGAUGUUUGGACUGAUUGACCUCUUAGGAGCAAGAUUGUAUUUUGCUUCAAAAGUGUUAACACCUUAUUGUUAUACAAUAGAUGUGGAAAUUAAAUUAGAUGAAGAAGGAUUUGUAUUGCCAUCUACAGUUGAUGAAGAUGUCUAUAAAAGGGUCGCUCUGUGCAUUGAUGGUCCAAAAAGAUUUUGCCCUAAUAGCAAUCACUUAUUGGGCAAAGAAGCUAUUAAACAAAGACACUUGCAGUUAAUUGGCUAUGAAGUUGUACAGAUCCCAUAUCAUGAGGUUGAGAUGCUAAAAUCAAGACUAGAAUUGGUGGAAUAUUUACAAAGAAAACUAUUUUCUCAAAGAACUGGUGUUCAUUGGUAACAGGAAGGAAUAUUGGCUUCAGAACUUGGCUGAAA